AUGAAUCUACCUUUUGAAAUUAUAGAUAAAAUAUCUAGGUCUGAUCUAUCUAACUGCACGACCAAUCUUGCAUGGAGUAAGAUCAUACCAGAUUUUUAUAAAAAUGUAGUCCAUGUAAAUUUAGGAAUCAUCAUAAUCCAUGAAACCAGUGACAACAAUGAAUUCUGCUCUGGUGAUAUUCAAAUUCCUAAGUUUAAUGGAUUCAGAGGGUCCAAUAACGUUAUGGAAAUUAAUUGCAAACGAGCCGAUGAGGAUUGGUUGAAUGGUAGCGGUCGUGAUAUUGUAUAUGCUAGAAGGCUUUAUGAAUCCUUUAAAAAUUUUCGUAAAAAAUAUUCUUCUUUAUUAUUAGUGAUUAACACAAACGAUGCUAAUAAUAAUGAUAAUGAGGAGGAGCAGGAGCAGGAUAAUGAUAAAAAAAUAAAUCAAGAAGAUUAUGGAUAUUUCUUAUCAAACAUUUCGAGUAAUACUAAAGAUAAUAAUAAUUUUCAAACUGUAAUAACCUAUUUGAUAUCAUUUUUGCUGUUAUAUCCAACUACCCCCUUUUCGAUUAUUUUAAAUUCAAAAUCAAAAUACUUAAAUAAUUUGUAUUUUAAUAAACUACGCUGCCUCAACAAUACUAUUAAUAAUAAUAAUAAUAAUAAUUUGGAACGCUUAAAUGAAUUACAUAUUUUCGGACCUACUAUCAUGUCUACAAACAUAGAGUUACUUUUUCAAAAUACAUAUCUAAAUGAAAUUGCUAAGAUAUACUGUUUAAAAGUCAACUACUUCAAUCAAAACAAUGACGCCUCCUGUUGUUAUGCUGCUCAAAUUGGAACGCAGCUUACUGCUCCAAAUUUAAAAGAGAUUGGUAAAUUGGAACUCCAUAUUCAAUCCUUAUCUUGUUCUAUCGUCGAAUUGGCAUUAUUUUUCAAAAGAUGUCCUCUUUUAAGGAAAAUUAACGAAUUACUUAUAAUCGACGAUAAUGAUAUGAAUUUUAAGACAACUAAUACCAUUAAACAAACUACCAUUACGAUUAAGCUACCCAAAUUAGAGGAAAUUGGGCUAAACAUAAAUUAUUUUGCUAAGUGCAAUAGCAAUACUAACGCAAAAACUUUAUUUUACAUUGAUGGCUCCCUAGUGGAACAGAAUUUAACAUUUAUCUCUUCUAUAAGAGUUUUAAACAUAUUAAAAGACUCUUCAGACGAAAUUUGUAUUAACAAUUGCUACUUCCCAAAGAUUAUUUCACUCACCGUUUCCAAAAAUUAUGAUUACUCAAAUAUUGUUCUUGGUGAUAAUAUCUGUUUUAGAAAUGUCACUUAUUUAAAAUUAAUAUCCCUAGAUGACCUAGAUAUGUUAAACAACGACAAAUUCAUUGAUUUGCAUGUUAUUCACUUCCAAUAUAAUACCUACUACGAUCUAUCUAAAUUAUUAACCAGGGUAAACAACACUCGGUAUUUUUUUUUGAACAAAAUUCACACGUUCAUUAUAGAACCUAAAUUAAUGUACCAUGAAGAUGCUUCAGCAAAAAUAGAUUCCAAAUAUAUAUGUAAUUGUUCUGAAUUAAUUGCUAAUUUAAACGUCAGAGUUGAAAACUUUAAUAUUAUUGUCGGGUCAGAUCUUUCAUUCAUCAAAGAAGUAAUAUUAUUUAAUAACAAUGGUAAACCAGUACCUUCUUUCCAAGUUAACAUUAUAGUGUCCUCCGAUUCUAGUGAUAUUAUUACUUUUUUUAAACAAGAAAUCAAAUCUAUUUAUAGGUAUAAUGUAAUAAACAGAUUCGCAUUAGGUGCAAUGGGAAAUAUAGAUAAAAAUAUACAUAAAAAUUACAGAGAUAAUACAAUUAGCAAUCCAAAUUUAGGUUCAGAUCCGAAAAAGGAUACAAAUCUUGAUGAGAAUCACGAAGACAAUAUAGAAUAUGCAAUAAGUGAUUACGAUAUAUUUUGGCCCAUUAACCCAUCAUCAUUUAGAAAAAACAGGUUAUUUAAUGGAAAUAGUGUACAAACUUCAAGGAGGUUAAGUGUCAGUGACAGUUGGUGCAAUUCUAUUUCAAACAAAAAGCAAAGAAUUUAG